CCCAGAGGCUCCCGGAACCUUUCUGCAGCGCUUUCGGUCCGGACGUGCCGGAGCGGAGACCGGAAGUCCCCUGCCGGCGGGUUCCGGGUUUCCUGGGCUACUACGAUGGCGAUGAGUUUCGAGUGGCCGUGGCAGUAUCGCUUCCCACCCUUCUUUACGUUGCAGCCGAACGUGGACACUCGGCAGAAGCAGCUGGCCGCCUGGUGCUCUCUGGUCCUGUCUUUCUGCCGCCUGCACAAACAGUCCAGCAUGACGGUGAUGGAAGCCCAAGAGAGCCCGCUCUUCAACAACGUGAAGCUCCAGCGUAAGCUGCCCGUGGAAUCAAUCCAGGUUGUCUUAGAGGAACUGAGGAAGAAAGGGAACCUCGAGUGGUUGGAUAAGAACAAGUCUAGCUUCCUGAUCAUGUGGCGGAGGCCAGAAGAAUGGGGGAAGCUCAUCUAUCAGUGGGUUUCCAAGAGUGGCCAGAACAACUCCGUGUUCACCCUGUAUGAACUGACCAAUGGGGAAGACACAGAGGAUGAGGAGUUCCACGGGCUGGAUGAGGCAACCCUACUGCGGGCUCUGCAAGCCCUCCAGCAGGAGCACAAGGCCGAGAUCAUCACCGUCAGCGAUGGCCGAGGUGUCAAGUUCUUCUAGCAGAGACCUGUGUCCCUUUACUUAUUACCUCCCACCCUGCCAGGGCUUUCAAAGGGAGACAGACCAAGUGUCUCCACAGACUGGAUCUGUGACUCCACCUGACUCAAAAGGGCUCUAGUCCACGGGUGGGUUUCCUAAUUAUCCCAUUUGUCUGUCCCUGGGAUCCAGUGAGGCUGAGGUGCCAGGGAGGGAAGAUGUGCUUCUCCUUGUCCCACCUUUCUUGAGCCAGGGUCUGAAACCCAACACUUCACUUGUGUCAUACACGUAAGUACACACACACAUGGCCUGCACAAGCUUCUGUCUCUUUCCCCACCCCCACCCUCCACCCCUUAGCUGCUACUGCCUCCUCUCUCAGGCUGGUGCUGGAUCAUUCCUAGGGGAUGGGCGAAGCCCUGGCUGCAGGCAGCCCUCCAGGCAAUGUGAAGAUAGAAGGCCCAGGAGGGGGCCUGGCAAUGAGAGCUGGGGCCCAACACUGAUUUAUGAUUAUUAAAAAGCUUAACCCCA